AUGGCCAAGAAAAAACAAUCAGGGCCGGAAAGCGCGGUUCGGGCUGCCCAGGAGGGCCGUGCACGUGGCGGUACGGGCUCACAGUUGCGAUGGAUGAGAUCGCUGUCGCCCGUGGGGAAACUCUACCGUUCUAGCGCCAGUUUGAUUCAUUUUCCAGGAAAAGUGAUUUAUAGUGGGAAUGUUAUACCAAUGGCCGGCGACAGUGAAGAAAACAUGUCUUUGGACUCUGGAGGGAAAGACACAGAGCCCGAUUUGGCUCGUCCAUGUGGCAUGGCGAAAAGUAUCGUGGGUCUGCUUACCACGGCCAGUGUGUAUGCUGGAAUGGGCGAUAUGGAGCAGGCAGAAGAAAUCUUUGAGGACGAAGAAGACGGAGAGGACGAAGAAGACGGAGAGGACGAAGAAGACGGAGAGGACGAAGAAGACGGAGAGGAUAACGAGGAGGACAAAGCUGAGGUGACCAAUGCCGCCCACGAAGAACAAAACGAGCCAGAGUUUGUGCCACCUGAGCACGCAGAUGAGAGCUCAGACAGUUUGCAAACCGUCAGCGAUCUCAAUUCCCUCGCAGACACGAUCACUCACGUCUCGAAAAAGGACACAUUGUUCGAAAUCUCCGUGGUUCCCAACCAUGACGCGACGUCCAUACAAUCGACGUCCUCCGGAUCUCGUCAACUAAAAAUAUACCGGAAAUUACUGUCGCGAUUCAACUUGAACGAAGCUGACGACGAAUUUGUUCUCAAACAGUCCUGUUGGCUCCUCAAGGAUCUGCUCAUUCAGGGCCAUAUCGUCUUGACCUCCCGGCACCUAUUGUUCUUUGCAUUUUUGCCAAAAUGCACCGGCACUGCUAAAAUGUCGGGGACCCUAUCCACAUAUUCCGGCGGCUUAAGAGGCAGAUGGACUCGUUACUGGGCUGUACUGAAGGAUCACACGUUGUCACUUUAUAAUUCGCGUAAGGACCUAUAUUUCCCAUUAUUAACCAUCGAUUUGAGGUACGCAAGCCGAAUUGAACUUGACAAGCGUGGAAAUGAAAGCACGAGUUUUUUCAAGAUCCACACAGAGACAAAGAACUACAGAUUCAGUGCAGACUCUCAUUUCGCGUCUCGCUCAUGGUCAAGUGCCCUCAAAAAGCAGCUUUUCACUACUCGGAAUUCUGAAAACGACUCUAUGUCAGUGAAAAUUCCUUUGGCCAACAUCAUCGACGUUGAUGAGCAAAUGCUGGUCGCGCAGUCCGUCACGCUUAGAAUCCGUGUGCUGGAGAGCCCGACUUCUUUUGCGGUGGAUGAUUACUUCUUCAUGUUUUUGGGCAAAAACGAAAUGAACCUAAAACAAAUCAUCAACGAGCAGCUUUCGAAAAUGGAUAAACCAUUGAUCAAAACUGCAAACACGAGUCAUGGGCCAGCUCCUAAUCUUGAUUCCCAAGCUAUGGAGGUCAAUUCUCCAGAAAAAGCUGUACGUGGUCGGUCUGAUUCUAAUUCCAGAAAAAUAAUCAGAAGAGUACUAUCGCCAGUUUCUCGAGUUCGCAGACCAUCCUUCUCUGUGCAUGUACCGUUCAAUCCUAAAAGUCCGCAGCGUGCUUUACGUCUUCUCAAGACAAGAGAUGAUAGUGUUGGAAAUAUUAGGAUUUCUAACGGAGACACCGAAGGUGAAAUUAACCGAGAUUCUCUCGAGGAAACUGCAGAGUUGCUGAGUUCGAGUGGUGUUCCGAUAACGCCGGUUGCAACGUCUGACAGUGAGGAGUCUGCAGAACUGUCAGAUGAUGCGAGAGCAGGAACAUCCAAAUUUGCAAGUUGGACUCCACAGCCAAUCAAAAACAUGGGCAGUAUGUGGGGAGCCCAUCCCGUCCACUAUAGAAACGAAGAUGCAGACGUGUUCCCGGAUGAUGAUCAGUAUUUGGCUAGCGCAAAAGAACAAGCGGUUGCAAGCAAAAGAUUUAGAUCGCACUUUUCUCUCAAACAGAAUGAGAAUCUGAGAGCCGCCUAUUACACUCAUUUGAACAAAAACAUCCCGGUGUAUGGAAAGCUUUAUAUUGGCUCAUCCGUUAUUUGUUUCAGGUCUUUGAUUCCUGGUACCAAAACGAAGAUGAUUUUGCCUAUCGAAGACGUUGAAAACUGUUUUAAGGAGCGCGGUUUCCGCUUCGGGUACUUUGGACUAGUCCUAGUAAUUCACGGGCACGAGGAGCUCUUUUUCGAAUUCAGUUUGCAAAGUUCCAGAGAUGACGCAGAGUUUGUUACUUUGAAGCAAUUAGACUCCAUAAAGCUAGACGCAGGUAGUUCACUUAGUAUGGCUGAUGGACUAUCUCAAAAACUCAGAAAUGCCGAUAUUUCAUCGGAGCAGCAGUCUACUGAGGCAGGAAAGCUAAGGCUAUUUGAAGACAAAAUAAAUGCCGAAGGAUACGAUCUUCCCAUGAUGGUAGAAGAAAGCCCGUACUACAAAACCAGUAUCACACCGAAGAAGUCCUACAAAUUUGGGCUCCUUACCAUCGGAUCUCGUGGUGAUGUUCAACCGUAUAUUGCGUUGGGAAAAGGUUUGCUGAAAGAAGGGCAUCGUGUUACCAUUAUAACUCAUCUUGAGUUUGCAGACUGGGUUAGAUCCCAUGGAAUAAAAUUUAGAGAGAUUGCCGGCAAUCCAGCUGAAUUAAUGUCCUUAAUGGUGCAGCAUGGUUCUAUGAAUGUGGGUCUUUUACGCGAAGCUUCUUCACGAUUUAGAGAUUGGAUUACAGAACUUUUCGAAACAUCUUGGCAUGCAUGUCAAAAUUUGGACAUUCUUAUAGAAUCACCGUCUGCCAUGGCUGGUAUCCAUAUCGCAGAGGCACUUCAAAUUCCUUAUUUUAGAGCAUUUACCAUGCCAUGGACCCGGACUAGAGCAUAUCCACAUGCUUUCAUUGUUCCCGACCAGAAAAGAGGCGGCAACUACAACUUCUUCACUCAUGUCCUCUUUGAGAACAUUUUUUGGAAGGGUAUUGGUGGUCAAGUCAAUAAAUGGAGGAUCGAGACAUUGGGGUUGAAGAAGACUAACCUAAUGAUGAUGCAACAGAAUAAAGUGCCAUUCUUGUACAAUAUAUCACCCGCUAUAUUCCCACCCUCCGUUGAUUUCAGUGAAUGGAUCAAGGUGACGGGGUAUUGGUUCCUGGAUGGAAAAGACGAUUACAAUCCACCACCUGCUUUAACAGAGUUCAUCGCAAGAGCCAAGGCGAAUGGCAAAAAGCUUGUUUACAUUGGAUUUGGUUCGAUUGUGAUCAACAAUCCCAAGAAGAUGACAAAAGCAAUUGUAGAAGCUGUACUUGAUGCACACGUUUUCUGCAUCCUAAACAAAGGCUGGUCGAACCGAUUAGAGGAAGAGACUGAAACAGACCCUGUUGAGGAAGAAUUUCCAGAUUGCAUUUACAACUCCGGAUCUGUGCCACACGACUGGUUAUUUCCUCAUAUCGAUGCAGCAGUCCAUCACGGUGGAUCAGGCACUACAGGAGCUACACUGAGAGCAGGCCUCCCCACGGUCGUCAAGCCUUUUUUCGGAGAUCAAUUUUUUUACGCUAGCCGCGUUGAGGACAUCGGUGCCGGCAUCAAUCUCAAGAAGCUCAAUAGUAAGACAUUGUCGCGGGCAUUGAAAGAGGUGACAACAAAUUCUCGAAUUUUACAAAAGGCACAACAGAUCAAAGCGGAAAUAUCUAAGGAAGAUGGAGUUCGCACUGCGAUUAGCUGCAUAUAUUCCGAAUUGGAAUAUGCAAAGAGUUUGGUUGCCGCGAAAAGCCAGGAUAAGCGCAAGAACAUCAAGGAUGUUGGCUCACCUGAAGAAAAUUCCUGGUUUUUGGUUUAA